AUGUCAAAAGUACUCUACAGCUACAAGUACGUGAGCAACGGCUUCGCGGCGCGGCUGACGCUGUCGCAGGUGCAGCAGCUGCGGCGGCACCCGCAAGUGGCGGCAGUGCGCGCGAGUCGGCGCAUAGUAGCGUCCACAACGCACUCGCCCGCGUUCCUCAACCUCCCCGGAACCCUGUGGCCCGCGAAUGGCGGCGUGCAGAGCGCGGGGGAGGACGUGAUUAUUGGAGUGAUUGACAGCGGGAUCUGGCCCGAACACCCCUCCUUCAGCGACAAUGGCACCCAACCAUACGCCGCGCCCCCAACGCGGUGGGCGGGGCGGUGCGAGGCGACCAAGGACUUCCGGCAGUGCGGGCGCAAGAUCAUCGGCGCACGCUUCUUCGCCUGCUGCGGCGUGGACUCCACUGUUGAGUACUGGAGCGCCCGCGACGCCGCUGGUCAUGGCUCCUGGUGUGCCGGAGCGGCAGCGGGCAACAACGGGGUGAUGGUCACGGGCCCCACCGGCGCCACCUUCGGAGCAGCCAGCGGCAUGGCUCCCAGGGCGCGCCUCGCCAUCUACAAAGCUCUCUGGAAGAGUGCGGAUGGGAGCGCGGCGGGGGAGACGGUGGAUAUAGAGGCAGCCGUUGAUGCUGCUGUGGCGGACGGUGUGGAUGUGCUCAGCAUGUCGUUUGGUGAUCUGGGCAUGGAGGCGACUUAUUUCAGCGAUGGCUCGCUGCUGAAUGCGGUGCAGGCGAACGUGGUGCUGGUGAUGGCGGGGGGCAACGAGGGCCCUCCCCCGACCUACUACAACUACCGCUCGCUCACCAACGUCUCGCCCUUCUACCUCACUGUCGGCGCCAGCACCAUAGGCCGGCAGUACCGCACGCAGCUGCUGCUGGGGAACGGCGUGGCGAUCAAGGGCGUGGGCGUGGGGGGCACGGCGGAGACAGCAGCAGGGCUGGGGAUCACUUCAGGCGGAAAAGCUGUGGUGGAUGGGGGAGACGUGGGCAAGGCGCAGCAGUGUUUCGACACAAUGCUGGACCCCGCCAAAGUCGCCAACAAAGUAGUCGUGUGCGACCGCGGAGUCACCUCCAUCCUCUCCAAGGUCUCCGUCGUGGCCUCGCUGGGCGGCAAGGCCAUGGUGCUGGCGAACGUGGCGGGCAGCCCCACGACCACGGUGGAGCUGGUGGAGGGGGCCACCAUCCCCACUCUCCAUGUUUCGCUCGAGCAGGCGGGGGAUAUCAUGGAUUACCUUGACAGCGAUCCCAGCGGGGGAGUAGGGGAGAGGGGGUUCACGAUGGUGCUGGCGAACGUGGCGGGCAGCCCCACGACCACGGUGGAGCUGGUGGAGGGGGCCACCAUUCCGACUCUGCACGUGUCUCUGGAGCAGGCUGGGGACAUCAUGGAUUACCUUCAAGCCGACCCCAGGCGAGAGGGCUGGAGGGGAAGGAGAGGGGGUUGUACGGGGUGCCAGGGGGGAAGGGAGGUGGGAUUGGGGAGAGAAGGGGAGUGUGUGUGUGUGUGUGUGUGUGUGCGCGUGCGCGCGCGCAUGGGGGGGGAGGGGGUGCCGGGAGAGGGAACUGUAGAAACCGAGCCACCACCACCAGCAGUUUUUUUUCUGUGUUUUUCUAACGCCUCAACUCUUCCCUCCCCUCCCCUCCCCUCCCCUCCCUCCCUCCCCCAUCGACUCUCUGUUAUGAUUCCCCAACCCGACCCACCACCCAGCCCGACAGCCACACUAGCAGUGGCAGCGGAGCCGGCAGUGACAGCCGCGCCGGCGCCCGCAGUGGCCUACUUCUCCUCCACGGGUCCGGUGGCGGAGCCCUCGUCCACGCCGCGCAAGCCCUACCCCACCAACGACAUCCUCAAGCCAGACAUCAUCGCCCCGGGCUCCAACCUCUGGGCCGCUUCCGCCGGCGCCAGCCUGGCGACCAAAUCCAUUCCGGUGUUUUCCCUCCUCUCGGGAACAUCCAUGGCUACGCCUCACGUGGCGGGGAUCGCAGCGCUGAUUGUCCAGGCGCACCCAGAGUGGUCUCCCGCGCAGGUCAUGUCGGCCAUUCUCACCACGGCCAGCACAAGCAACACCGCGGGAGGCCCGAUUCUCAAUAGCAUCGGCCAGCCGGCUACCCCGUGGGAUAUGGGCGCUGGGCACGUGAAUCCUGCGGGGGUGCUCGACCCGGGGUUGACGUUCGACGCGAGCUACACGGAUUACCUUUCCUUUCUCAGCGGGCAGGGAGGGAAGGUUUCGAUGAAGAGUCUGGGACUGGGUAAGGCGGCCCCCAAGGGGUUGAAAGCGAUCGCAGGGUAUAACCUCAACCGCCCGACAAUCUCCGUCUCACGCCUGCAGAAAACGGUUACGGUGAUUCGUUUCGUGAGGAACGUUGCCGGUGUGAGCUCGACGUAUACUGCUCGGGUGGUCCCCCCGGCGAAUGUGAAGGUGGUGGUUAAGCCGCUGGUGCUGGUGGUGGGAGCAGGCAAGACGGCGAAUUUCACCGUGCAGUUUACUGUGACGAAGGCGUCGCAGGAGUUUUCGUUCGGGAGCUUGUUUUGGGAGGAUGGGGCUGGGCACGUGGUGCGGUCGGUGCUUGCCGUGCAGCCGAUUAAGAAGUAG